AUGGCAUCGAUACACUGCCUGCGGGUUGUCGUGUGCUCCGCACGCUGCAUUUGCCAAGGGGGGAUGAAGUGCAUUGUGGGGGUGCCCUGGUCUCCUGAGGAGUUCAUCGAGAAGGCGCGCAAGUGCCUUCACCCUAAGCUGCUGACCUCAGGUUUGCCACCAGAAUUGGACCAGGUGAUCAACAAGAACGCCAGUUUAUGUGGAAAAUCCCUCAGCAUGGAGCGCACCGCCACUAUGCGGAAGUGGCUUGGUUGGGCACUAGAAUGUGUGGAGGCAGAAGACAAACUGAAGAAUGAAAUGUCUGCCCCCCGCCGCAACAUCCUGAAAUCAAAGAGAUUGUGCCUUUUUGAGAGGCUGCUGGGAGACGUCGGUCAUGAAGAUGUGAACAUUGCACGGGAAAUGGCAGAAGGUUUCAAGUUGCUGGGAUCGGUGCCGAAGUCCAACUUUUUCCAGAAGAAGAGAAGAUACGCCACAAUGGCGGUGAGCGAACUGAAAAGGCUGGCGCCCCUAACGAGGAGGGGCAUCUACAACAGCACUGUGAGCUGUGGUGACCCGGCGACGAGGCCGUUUACACUGUCACGGAAAAUGAACUGGCCAAGGGCUGGCUCAGCGGGCCCCAUGAUUUCGAGGAUCUGCCAGAGACAGCUUCACUGA